CUUGAUGGGACCGGGACACGCUGACUGUCACUGGCUGAAUGGAGACGAAAGAAGUGGAUUCUUGGACCGUAUGAGGUGAGGUGAGGUGGGCUGCGGAGCGAGGAGUUGAAGUGGACGACGACGGAGCGACGGGGGAUUGUUUUACUGGGGACCCGGAGCUGGCAAGAUUCGAGAAAAGCUGGAACUGGGGCAAACCGCCAGCAAGGCCGGCCAGGAUGACAACAAUGUCAAUACAAAGUACGAACAGGAAGAUAGUUCAGUAGGUGCUAGUGGAGUGAGCAAUCAACCAAAGGUGGAUGGAAGCGCGGGCAGUUAGGCCAGGGCAGGAAUGGAUUAUGGGACUACCUUCGCUGAUUACCUUGGUGCUGCCAGUGCUGGUCGAAUUUGCUGCGGACCAAGGGAAUGUAUCAUGUAUCCGUAUUGUACAUGCAGCGGCGGGGGAUAAGACGAGACAAGACUGGGCUGGACUAGGCUUGGUGGGACGCAGGUUGCGCGGUACAGAAUCAUAGUAGAAAGACUCGCGAAUUGCAAUCCAAUCC